AUGGCCCCCAUCCUUGCUCAGUGGAAGCAGCUCCAGAGUCCGAUCAGGGCGCCAUCAAACAAGGCCGAGUCGGGGUUCAAGAGACAGCUCGAGAGCGUCCGCAAGGACUCGGAGUGCUGCUUCGGCGUCGUCAAGGGUCGGUUCAGGAUCUGCAAGAUGCAGUUCCUCUACAGGACGAAAGAGAGGAUCGACAACAUCUUCUUCACGUGCAUCAUACUGCACAACAUGCUUCUCGCCUACGACGGGAUCGAGCUCUUGGAGCCGGACUGCGACUGGGCCGGAGCGGACGGCGACCUCGACGAAGACAUCGUGCACCCUGACGUGCGGAUGAGUGCGCCCACGCACGAGGAUGCAGUUGUGGAGUGUGACGCCGGCUUCGAGGCAUUGAGGCAGAAGUUGGUGACCAACUUCGCUUACCGAUGGGGACAGGGGACCGUUGGGUGGAAGAGGUCGUGAUGAGCGUUGAGAAGUCACAUGCUGCUACGUUGACGGCGGGGAGGUAGGGGGGGGGGCGUCGGCUGCAAAUAGUGGCCUUUUGGAAUCAAUCCCGCUGUUGAAGACUACAUCCCUCUCCGGCGUCAGCAUCGUCAUGUUUCGUUUUUGGUUCUUGUUACCAAGUGUCGCCUUUGCCUUUGCCCUUGCCUGGCCUUCUUUACACUUUUACACUUUGCCGUGUUCUUGUAUCAUUGUCGUAUGUGGUCUACUUCAUAAAAUCGUGUCUGGCCUGUUUCCGAUUCCCUUCGAGUAAUCCAUACAACUGUAUUUUGCGCAUUGGCAUCAGAUUUGGCCUUUGUGUCUCGGUGUAUUAUUUUUCCUUUCUCGGUCCAUCUUUGCGCCUUUUUUGUUGAGGGGGGGUGGGACAGCCUCUAGGCUAGGCGGAGUUUCCUUCGCUCUGCUGGCGGAAGACUGUUUGUUUAGCUUGUUUUUCGCAGCAUUAUGUUUUUGGGUCGGAGUGGUUUGCUUUGUGUUCCCAUGGCCUGACGCGUGCGUAUGUACAUUAUUUUUGUUUACGGUACAACAUUUUUUUUGUUUUUGUUAAGUUUUUGCGGCGUCGAGUGUACCCAAAUGUGUAACCACAGGCUCCUAUGGUUGUUUUGGAAAAGAGAGCUACAGAGUAGUGAAUGUGAAGUGAGGACACAGGCUUCUGUCAGAGACAGGGGCCGUUGUCGCCGCAUUUUAAACCCACUGCCAAGGACUGCUAGGGUUGAGGAAUGUAGCGA